AUGAAUAGAAGUUUUAUCCGUAUUGCUCCAAGCCCGAUAGCAAAGGAAACAAGGCACAAUAAAAGUAAAUCUUAUAUGACACAUGAGCUAGUUCCUAUUGAGACUCCAAAAAUUAGCAACAUCCCUAUCAUUAGAAAAAACCAAAUAAGAGAAAAAUCAAAAACACCGUCAAGCAUGGACUUAAACAGUAUUCUUUAUAUAGCAAAUUUACCUAAAAAUUGGCUAUUUCUGUAAUAUUUUUUAAUAAAAAAAGCAUUUUAUUGUAUUUAUUUGAGAAAGAGUAAGGAAAUGAAGUAUAUAUAUACAUCAAACUUAAUGAUUAAAAAAGAAAUUCCUUUUAUCAUUAGACGAAAGAAAAAUAUUGUAUUUAAUUUUAAAAGUGUUUCAAAAAAGCUAAAUCUGAAACAGUUAAAUAAAACUUAUGAUCAGCCUCAAUGUCCUUAUGUUUCGUUUAGUGUGAAAUCACAGAUAGGGAUGAUUAGUAAUAAACCAAAACCAAAUAAUCAGGACUCCUAUUUUACGAUUUCGGAGUUUGCUAAAUCAAAGUUUAAAGCCUUUUUUGGUGUAUGUGAUGGACAAUGAAUUUCUAUGUUUUUUAAUGGUGAGAAAAUUAUUAUUUUUUUUCUUGAAAUAGGUUAAUAUUCCUGACAAAAAAAUUUAUUAUAUUACCUUAGGCAUUGUUACGGGCCCAUAUCUAAUUUUAUUUCUUUAAUUAGCUUUCAUUCCAUAAGGUCUUCUUAUGCUGUUCCAAAUUUUUUAAGUCUACAUUAAUUUCUUUAACCUCAAAGUAAUCAUUAUGUUUGGAAUUUUUUCGAUUUCUUCUCGCUUUUUCAGCAAAUAUUUUCAGGUUGAUUUUCGCUAUAAAAUCUAUUUUUUCCCACUUUUCUCAUUUAACUCAGUAAAAAUUUUUAUUCUGAAACAUCUGCAAUAAGCCAUUGUAUGCAUUUUUAAUAUUUCUAAAAAAUAAUUUUUAAAUUGCGAAAGUAUAAAUUUUUUUAUUAAAAAAUAUUCAAUUAAAAAAUUUUUCAAAUUGAAAGCCGCUCGAAUUGUGAUGGACAUGGCCUAUAUGGCCAUUUAGUCUCUGACGAAAUAAAAUUUGCACUACCAAAGCUACUUGAAGAAAAAUUCAAAACAGAAAAAGAGCCAAUAGAUUGAGAAAGCGCAUUAUCCCAAAGCAUAAUCAGAGUCCACGAAACUGUUAUUAAUAAACCAAAACUAAAUUCCGACUUCUCAGGAAGUACACUGAACUGCAUUUUAAUUAACAAAGAUGAGCUAUACUGUGCAAACGUAGGAGACAGCCGAGCAGUCUUAGGCAGAAAACAAAAUGAAAAAUUUGUAUCAGUUCCUUUAUCAAAAGACCAUAAACUUAACGACUAUGGCGAACGGAGAAGAAUUGAAAGGCUUGGUGGUAGGGUUGAUAAUGUAUCUUUAAUAGCUAUAUAUAAUAAUUUACUACCUUAAUUUAAUGCAAAAUUAUCGAUAUAAAAUCAUAUAGAAUACAUACACCGUCUGGUAUCUCAUUAGGACCUCUUACUCCCCCCCCCCCCUCCGUGAGCGAACAAAAAAAUUUUGUUCGCUCACGGAGGGGGUUAAUUUUUUUUUUUAAAAAAAAAUAUAUAUAUAAAUUUUAUAAAAAAUAUUUUUUUCGAAAUUUAAAAAAAUCCUAAUUUGCAAAAAUUGGGAAGCAAAUAUUAAUUUAAUUUGCAAAAUUUAUGUUUUAAAACGCAAUUUGUUUAAAAUUAAACAGAAUUAGCUCUAGAUUUCAUUAUACUAAUUAUCACUUAUAUAUCAAAAUUUUUUUCCAUUAAAAUUUUUUUCUAUUAAAAAAAUUUUUGUUCACUCACGGAGGGUGGGUUUUUGGUCAAAAAAUGGCGAUUUUUCUAAUGGUUUUGUUCGCUCACGGAGGGGGGGGGGGGGAGUUAGAGUUUACAUUGGCGUACAAAAUAUCCCUGGUCUUGCAAUGUCAAGGUCUAUAGGGGAUAAAAAAGCUAGUGACAUUGGAGUAAUACCUGACCCAGAAAUCAUUAAAAUACAUCUCACAAAUGACGAUAAAUUCGUUAUCAUUGCAUCUGAUGGGCUCUGAGACGUAAUUUCCAGCGAACAAGCUGUAGAUAUAUGCAGGUUUUCCUGGAAAUCUGGACAUAUACAUUCAGCUUCUGAAGUUUUAAUUAAAGAAGCGACUAGGAAAUGGCAAGAAAAGCAGCAGUAUAUGGACGAUAUUACAGUCCUUGUGAUUUUUCUGAAACCAAGCUGGAAUAUCUUAGAAAAUUAA